AUGCCGCCGCCGCCGCCGGACUCGGCCUCCGCGCUCGCGGCGGCCGCGUGCUUCGUGCUGCACGGCGCGAACGCGACCAGGAUAGCGCUCGGCCACCACCCGGUCGGCGAGGUGAAGGGCUGGUGGCCGGUGUGGAGCUUCCUGUUCCUGUCGGCGCAGGGCAAUUUGGUCGUCCUCGUCUACGGAUUGGUGUGGCUCCUCGAGAUAUGCGUUCCUGGCAGCACCAUGGGCCUGUUGUAUCUCAGCGCGCAUCUCGUUUGUGGCCUGGCCCUGCAAGUGUUCCUACUCUACUACACGUUCUGCCACUUCCACAAGGAGGGUUACGACGGCCUGAAGAAACUCGAGGCCAGAGGGGAGCUGCUGUACAACGGCGACACCAUAUCCGUGGACUUCUUCGUGCGCACGCAGAACUACAUGCACGCGCCGCUGCUGCCGCUAGCUGGUCUGCCCCUGAUCGCGAUCGACCGCGAGGAGUUGGUUGCGGGCAUGAUGGGCCUGGCUGGCACAUUCGUCUUUGCGCUGAACUAUUUCUGCUGCUACGCGGCGCUCGUCUUGGGGAUCAAGCGCUUCUCCAACAUCCAUCCGCGCUGCCGCGCGCUUCGUUCUUCCAAAUGCUCAUCAUUCCUUGCUCGCUUCUCCUUUCUCUCCUCCCCCUCCUGCUUGCUUCUCCUCUCCCUCCUUGCUUCCUCGUCGCCCACCCCCUCCCCCUUGAUUCCUUCCCCUUGA